ACAAGAUGAAAUUAGGUUUAAAAAAAACAGCAGUUAAAACAACACUCAGAAGGCAGGUAGCUAGAAAUAAGAUAAGUUAUCAUUCAUAAACAGCUUUAACAAAGAUUUUUCCAAAAUUAUUAUCCUGAAUUUUUGAAACAUGAAACUUCAUGUAAGACUUGUUUUCAGAAUAUGAAAUACUACAUGUACUGUAGAUGUAAUCCUCAAGAGCAGGUGGAAGCAGAUUCAAUUGUAAAAUUCAGAUGAAAACCGAAUAAUGGUUUAAGCAAAUAAAAGUUGUUACAUAUUCAGGAAGACAUUGAGGUUAUGGAGAACUGGAAUAGAAGAGGAGUUGAGGCCAGCACAGAUCAGCAAUUAUCAUGUUGAAUGGAGGGGCAGGGUUGGGGCAAGUGGCCUACUCUUUUUCUUAUUUUGUGUUCUUAUGGAAAAGAGAUUAAUUAAUUUAAUUAGAUAAAUUCAAAAGAACACAAUGGGCAAAAGGCCUGCUUUUGCAAUGUGCUAUUCAAUAAUAUUAAAGUGAGAUUAGCAAGGUUAAUUCAGAACAUGAAAUAAGAGACAAACAAUAAAGUGGAAAGAACCUAUAUGAAAGGAAAUUAGGUAUGGUACCUUGAGAAAGGAAGGCAAGGCAUCAAAUCUUGUACAGUCAGCACUCCUUAUCCACGAGGGAUUAGUUCCGGGACCCCUCGCAGAUUCCAAAAAAUACGGAUGCUCAAGUCCCUUAUUCAACCUGUCUAAAUGCAGUGGAUCUUCACGAAAAUAAUCAUGAUCGCAAUUUAAAAUAAAGUGGAAAUAAAGCGAUUGGAAAGAGGUGAAACGCCAUCGGUCAUUGGAAAAGUGUUAGGCUACAGUCAGUCAACGAUCGGAACAAUCUUAAAGGAUAAAGUGAGAAAAGCCGUGCCCCGAUUAAAGCUAAAAUUAUUACUAAGCAACACAGUGGUUUAAUUAUUGGGUUUUGGGGUCUUGGGUUUUUGAUCCUCCACAUCAACCCGGCAGGGAUGGAGAGCGCUCGGGAGCAGUCUAUCACUGGAUCGAACUCAGGAACUUCUGUUCCCGAGCGCGGCACUGAAACAUAUGUUUCUUAAGUGUUUUACAUGCAUAGAAAGGUAAAAUAUAUACUAUAUACUAAGACAAACGUUUGACUAACUAACGCUAAAUAAUACCGGAUGUACCUGUUCCAACCAACUUAGUAAGAGAACUUCCGGUUUUUUUCCGAUCCCGAUCCACGAUAAUCUAUGCACAUCCUCCUGUAUACUUUAAAUCAUCUCUAGAUUAUUUAUAAUACCUAAUACAAUGUAAAUGCUAUGUAAAAUAGUUGCUAUACUGCAUUGUUUAGGGAAUAAAGACAAGAAAAAAAAGUCUGUACAUGUUUGGACAACGAGUGUUGGAAGAGCACUUCCGGGUUUUCUCGAUUCGCGGUUGGUUGAAUUCACACAUGCGAAACUCGCGGAUAAGGAGGGCCAGCUGUUACUCACAAGGAAUUACCAGAAAAACACAAGCAUUUUAACUCAAUUUACACAAAUUCAUUUGAUAGGAUUGCAUGGCCAUUUCAAAUUGCGCUGACUCACUGUUGCGGAAAAAUAAUCUGAGGGAAACUGUUCAAACGUCAAAAAAAUAUAAAAGUACAAACAUCAAGCUCAGGUAAUCCCAGGCAUGGGAACAAAUGGGUCACCUUUUUUUUUCACUGACCAGGUUAGGUAAUGAGUUGUCCGAGAAAUCUCCAAAGAAGUUCUUGGAUUUUGUUAUCAUUUAUAAACUUAUCCAAUUAUAAUAAAGGGCCAUAGAAAAUUAAAAUAUCAAAUGAUCACUGACGGAUUACUGCAAAUAUCUGCUUCAAGAGUCUCAGGUCAGCCAUUCAAACAAAUUAGCUUAACCAUCAAAGUCAAAUGAAUAUAAUUAAGAACUCAGUUCUGGGAAUAGUGACCUGAGAAGUACUGAUUGACACUACUUCAUCAUCUCAGUUCAAAAUAGACACAGAUGCGUAGCAAUGAAAAUCAGCAAGUAUUGAAUGGACUUGAAAGUUAAAAACCUGCACCUAAGAUAUCCAACUUCAGUGGUAAGUCUGCAUCUACAGAACAGGUUUAAUUUCUUUCAGAAACUCUCUUUUUAAUGACAAUGAUUUAAAUUUCCUGACUUUUGGAAUUAACUUUCCAAAUUAAUAACCUGUAGAACAAAAUUGCUCAAGAUCGUGAAGUGAUGACUACAUUCUAUAAGGCGCUUUCCAUCGGUAGUAAAGUAUCCACAAAGUGGCACAGUCAAGACUGAGGUAGUGGAACAUGACAAAAAGCUAGUGAAAGAAACUUGCUGUUCCUAAUCUGACAACAUUCUAAAACAUUUUAAAGCUGAAUAGUUGCUUUUAAGUCGUGUAAUAAGAAGCUUGAUAGAAUUCAGGACAAAACACCAGCAUUCGCUCCACUACUGGUGUACUUUUUAAUCAAAAUCCAGAAACUCUUUUCGUAACAGCAUGCAAUCACCUUAACCAUAUGCACUGCAGGGAUACAAAGUAAUUGUAAAUUGCCACUGUGGAAGAACUUAAGAUUCUUUGGAUAUGUAGAGGUUAACCUAAAAGCUUGUGAAUGCUCUUAAAAUUCAGUUAAAGUCCUUGCUCUUAGAAUUUAGCUAAAAGUCCUUGAUAACGUCUAAAGAAAAAUGUUAUAGCGCCGCAUUUACGUAAUGCUGUUGUUUGUUGAAAUUUAGGCCCAAGUUCAAAGUCAUAUUGUUUGUUACAUUCUAGAUCUAAGCUCACAGUCAAGCAAUGUUAUUGUUAAGUGCUUUUAGUUACGUACGUUGUGUCUAUAAAAUGAAGCGUGUUUGAAAGCUAACCACAGCCUCUGAACACCGCUUUUAGGAAAAGAGGCUCUCUGUGAUAUCACGUAUAAAGUCCUUCAGUCUGAAACAAUUCUCUGAGUUGGCCUGAUUUGCUCUGUCUGGUGCUCCUGAGAUUUUUCCGCAACAGAAUGGCGACAAGGAUGGGAUCCUCAAUAAGAGCAAGAUCCAGAAAAAGAACCCUAGGCGGAAAAGGAGAAGCAAGAGAGAAAGGGCACUAUCGACAGUGGAUUCCCGAAUACCGGGAGAAGGAUGCAGUAAUGCAUUCUGCUACAUUGAAAACGGAGCCCCUCAUCAUGGAAUGGACACCCGAAAGGGAGAAAGCCUUCCAUGACCUAAAGGUAACGAUAGAAAAAUCUAUUCCUAUUGUAUUGGAUCACCCGUGUACUGUGAUAGUACCCCAUGCCGUAUUGCUUCUGUUGAAUUCAGCUGCUACUCAGCAUUUUACCACGGCCAGAAGGGCAAGUUAUGAGGUGAUUCUUCUCUCUCGAUCCAACUGUACGUACAGAAGAUCUCUGGCUAUUAAUCCAGCUACUUUUGUUCCAUUACCAUCUGCACAGCAGGAUGGGGAUGACCAUGACUGUCUGCUAGCAAUGAAAGCCACUACUACUCCCCCACCAGAUCUGAGAAGCAAACCUAUUGAUAACACUGAUUUAAUUCUUUUCACAGAUGGCUCUUUGCACCGCCCAAGAGAUGAUCUGUUGCUGGCAGGGUAUGCUAUAGUAACUCCCCAUGAGAUAGUAGAAGCUUAUGUCUUGACAAUAGGAACAUCAGCGCAGGAGGCAGAACUCUAUGCCAUUACCCGAGCUUGCUUCAAUUUUGGCCUAAGGAAAAGCUGCCAAUGUUUACCCGACUCACGUUAUGUCUUUGGGAUAGCACAUGACUAUGGGCAAUUGUGGAAAAAAAGAGGAUUUAUCACCUUAUCAGGGAAAGCGAUUAAACACACCUCCUUCGUACUGAACCUUUUAGAAGUUAUACAGUUGCCACAGACUUUAGUAAUAAUUAAGUGCGAGGCACACACCUCAGCCAAGAAUGAGGUCUCCAAGGGAAAUCGGUUUGCAGACAUGGUAGCAAAUCAGGUAGCCCUUCAGCAAGAACCUGUGCUACAGACCCCUCGGGCUGAAUCGGGAGGGAAGGAGUGUAUGGACGUCCAGCAGUUACAGGAAGCCCAAAAUCUUGCCUCACAGCAAGAGAAAUGUGCCUGGAGCAAAUCUGCAUGUUACCAGAAUACUGGGCUAUGGCGUCACCCAGACGGCCUAGUAAUGUGCCCGCAUAGUUUUUUUUGCCCGUGGCUCGCCUGGCACAUGGCCAGGCUCACAAGGGGAAAGGAGGGAUGCAGCAUGCCAUCAUUCAACAAUGGUACGCCCCAGGGAUAACAGUAACUAUCAAGAAGGUAGCACGAACUUGUUUAGUUUAAUAGCAAAACAAUAGAGGAAAGAUGCCCGCUAGAUUUGAUUACCCGCCCCAUCCAGAUAUUAUACCUAGGUAAACAGCGACAGGGGAACCCAUUUUACAAAUAAAGUAGUGCAGGGACUGAAGGAAGCUUUGCGGGUGGAAAGAGCAAACAGGAAAAUAAAAGCGACUUUGACAAAAGUUUGUCAGCAAAACAGUCUCGGACGGCCAGAGGCAAUGCCCUUAGAUUCUGUACAUUCUGCAAAAAUACAGGACUUACCCCUCAUGAAAUUUUGAUGGGGUGGCGUAUGACAAUAGGAACUAAGCCCCCAUGACCCCAGAAAAGGUAGUGCUAAUAUGGAAUGAUGAGAAGACACUGAAAUAUGCACAAGCAUUGUGUCAGGAAGCAGGGAAGUUGUAUGAGAGGGUCCGGCAAGCCCAGGCACCUUUAACUGAAGGUAACCUGCAUCCGUUAAGCUGGCAGAUAGAAUAUAUGUGAGAUCAAUGAAUAAAGGUUCUUUCUCUCCCAGGUGGAAAGACCCCUACCCAGUGCUGCUAACAACCUGAACCGCAGUAAAGGUUGAAGGAAAAGGAGAAUGGAUUCAUGCUACUAGUUGCAAACUGCACCAGGAGCUGAAAGACAAGAAAGUAUGAAGCUGACAAGACAGAUGCUUUUAUGGGGACUGAUACUGGGGGGAGGUUAGUAUGGCCUUACUCAAAAAUACCUUUUUGUCUUUAUGCCAGUCAACAAAGUGAAGAGUUGGACUCUUGUUGGGUGUGUGUAGAUACCUCAACAUGCCACCCAGGGCAUGUCCCUGGAAGGGGUCCCCCUGAAUAGAAGCGAAAUGCUUUCUGUGCGACUUAUGAACCAAUUUAACACAUCCUAUUCCAACUUUAGAACAAGAUAUUGGCAGAAGAUGAUAAAGGACGGUGAUGUCAGUGAAGGGGAUUGUGGAUGUACCUGUUUCAAAGGAUGGUACCUCCCUAACCCAACAGAAGGAAAAAGGAUGCCCUCCUUUGAGUUAGUAAAUACACAGAACACUGUAAAUGGAAUUUGUUAUUGUAAUACGGCGGGGGGAAAUGGGACAUUUUUGGGUCAUAGCUCUUGUAGUGAACAGAGGGAGUAUGUGGGGAAAGAGUUUAUCCAUGGUUUCCAGCUCCGCCAGGUAAAAAUGGGAAAGUGUCCCCAGGAAUUGGACGGGCUGCUGUUAUUUGGCCUAUAUAGUGGCCUCCAUGCAUCCUAUAAAAGAUAUAUCGCAACACCCUUAUUUAAGGCGAAGUAAGCGAGGGAUAACGGAAAGUGAAAGUGAAGCAUUUCCCCCAUAUGAUGUGGCCUGAAAUUCACCAGAAAUUAUUAAUAUGGCAGCCGCUCUAGAGAAAUUGGCCAAUGACACUGCCGAUGCCCUAACUGACGUGCAGAUGCAAAUGAAAGACCUAACAACAGAAGUAGUUGCCCUUAGGAUGGUAGCCUUGCAAAAUAGAAUGGCCCUGGACCUACCCUUAGCCGAAAAAGGAGGGACAUGCACCGUGGUAGGGCUGGAAUGUUGUACUUAUAUUCCCGAAGCCCUAGAACAGUGGUCCCCAACCAUCGGACCGCGGACUGGUACUGGGCUGCAAAGCAUGUGCUACCGGGCCACAAGGAAGCAAUAUGAUUUGCCGAAAUGAGUCAGCUGCACCUUUCCUCAUUCCCUGUCACGGCCACUGUUGAACUUGAACACAUGCGAGGUCAUUACGCACGCGUCAUCCAUGUCAGUGCGGGAAGAAGAUCAACUCCUUGGGCUUGCAAAUUAUGGCCGGCUGAAAAGUGUGUUUGACAUAACAUCUCUGAUGGCACUCUGGAUCAAAGUCAAGGCUAAAUAUCCUGAGAUGGCCACGAAAGCACUAAAAACGUUGCUUCCAUUUCCAACAUAUCUCUGCGAAGCAGGGUUUUCUGCAAUAAAUGCAAUGAAAACUAAAUUGCGGAAUAGACUGGACAUAAGGAACCCCCUUCGAGUAUCGCUGCCUCCCAUCACCCCUCAAUGGCACCGUCUUGUUGCAGGGAAACAAGCUCAGGGCUCCCACUGAUUCAGCGAUAUUGGUGUGUUGCAGUGAUUUUAUAUGUUCAUACGAGGAAAAUGUGGGCUGUGUGUUUAAUAUCCAAACGUUACUUAAAAUGUUAUGAUGUUAUUGGCUUAUAAGUGACUUAUAACUGACGUAUCACUAUAUUCAUGUGAGGAAAAUAUGUGCUGUGUGUUUAAUAUUAAAUUCGUUAGAUAAACACUUUUAGAAACAAAAUCAAGUGUAUUAGCCACUUAUCAGUGACUUAUAGUUGACUUAUCACCUACAUUCCGGUUGUGAUUAACACCCCCCCCCCCCCAGGGUUGCCAACUGUCCCGUAUUAGCCGGGACAUCCCGUAUAUUGGGCUAAACUGGUUUGUCCCAUAUGGGACCGCACUUGUCCCAUAUUUCCCCUGCUAAGGUAGAGCGUUCCUAUGAAACCUUUCGUGCCGAAAUGGUGUAAAGCGAAGAAGCAAUUACCAUCAAUUUAUAUGGAAAAAAUUUUUGAGCGUUCCCAGACCCAAAAAAAACCUAGCAAAUCAUACCAAAUAACACAUAAAACCUAAAAUAACACUAACAUAUAGUAAAAGCAGGAAUAAUAUGAUAAAUACACAACCUAUAUAAAGUAGAAAUAAUGUAUGUACAGUGUAGUUUCACUGAACAGAAUCACCAAAAACGACUUGUAGAAAAAAAUCAGCACGUACACGCAUGCACACAUCAUGCAUGCGCUCACAGGUGCCCGCGCAAGGCUUCAUGGUCAUGGUAGUCUUUCUCGGGGUAAACACAAGUAUCCCGUAUUUGACUGCUACUCUUCUCUGUUGGCAACCCUACACCACCACUGCCCCUCCCCCCCCAACACCCCGGUCGGUCAGUCCGCAAGAAUAUUGUUAAUAUUAAACCGGUCCGCGGUGCAAAAAAAGGUUAGGGACCCCUGCCUUAGAAAACAUAACUGACUUUAGUCAACACAUAAGAGGAAAAAUUGUGGAGAUUAGAAAGAUAAGGAAACAAUUUAAGAAUUUUGGUUCAGGAACAAAAUGGUGGGAUUUGGAGGGAUGGUUUUCUGGCUGGGAAAGCUGGAUUACCCAUGGGAUAAUUAUAGUGGUAAUGGGAUGUGUUUUAAGGGCCUGUGUAUGUGGAGCAUUACGACUGUGUUGUUACCAGUUAAUGAAAAGAGCCUUACUUGGACCUGAAAAUGUCCCUAUGAUACCCCAGACAGUGAGAGAAAUGCACAGUAGGUGAAACUGGUGAGGAGAGGACGUAUAUCCUGCCAAAGAAAGACCCUUUUCAGAGGGAUAUGAACCCCCCCCCUUUGAGGAAGAGGAGGAAAUACCUCAUGAGGAGUGUUGAUCUGAAAGAAUCAAUGAGGGAAUUGUGGAAGAAUUUAAGACUCUUUGGAUAUGUAGGGGUUAACCUAAUAGCUUGUGAAUGCUCUUAAAAUUCAGCUAAAGUCCUUGCUCUUAAGAAUUUGUCUAAAAGUCCUUGAUAGCGUCUAAAGAAAAAUAUUAUGGCGCCACAUUUAUGUAAUGCUGUUGUUUGUUGAAAUUUAGGCCAAGUUCAAAGUCACAUUGUUUGUUACAUUCUAGGCCUAAGUUCACAGUCAAGCAACGUUAUUAUUAAGUGCUUUUAGUUAUGUAUGCUGUGUCGAUAUAAUGAAAGCUAACCAGAGCCUCUGAACCUUUUAGGAAAAGAGGAUCUCCGUGAUAUCACGUAUAAAUAAAGUCCUUUAGUCUGAAGCAAUUCUCUGAGUUGGCCUGAUUUGUUCUCUGCUGCUCCUGAGAUUGUUCCGCAACAACCACUUUCGGCAUGGAAUUAAGAGAACACUAAUGUGUUGGCUGACCUGCAAUAUUUAAUUUAAGAAAUGGAAUCCAGUAAAGUUUUAAAAUAUCUCUUUAUGC